AUGAAAUCCAUGUUAGAAAGUGAUGACUCAGAUUUGAGUGACGAUGAUGACACAAAAGAAACUUCAUCGGUUACCACUGUCAAUCAUCAUUCUACAGAAAGUAAUGUCACAACUCCUUCAAUGGUUGUCACUGCCGCUACUACCUCCACAGAAGAAUCAAAUUCUGUCACAACUUCCAACACUGAAACGUUGAAUCUUUCUGAAUCUGCACUAUUGUUACAACAACGUAGAAAACAAGAAGAACAAGCUCUUGAAAAAUUGAGACAAGAGCAAGAACAAGCUCGUCUCGAGCAAGAGCGCAUCGAAAAAGAAAAAGCUCUUCAACUCGAACAAGAACGAAUUCAAAGAGAUUUAGAAUUAAAACAACUCGAAGAAACUAAGAGAAGAGAAGCAGAAGAACUGCAUCGAAAGAAACUUUUAGAGGAGGAAGAAGAACGAAAAUUGAAACAACAAAUUGAAGAGGAAAGAGCAUCUCUCUCUUCACAACUCACACAACUUUUAUCAGAAUUUAAUGAAUCUGGAAAAUUACAAGAGUGGAUUCGACAUGUGGAAUCAAAAAUGCAUCUAGUGACUUUGUUAAAAUCCGAGUUGAAACAAGCAAAAGAUUUACAACACAAUCAAACAUCGAAGCGAACGGAAUAUAACUCUAGUUUGAAUUUCCUUCUGGAUAAACAAAAAGAUCCAGAAAAGUUGUUACAACCUUAUGAAAUUGAACUCAUGAAAGAACGAGUCAAGAAUAUUUAUCCUUUGUAUUUACCAAAAUCAGAAAUUGCAAAAAUGGAAGAACAAAUUGCCCAAAUUGAGAAUACAGAAAAGAAAAAACGAGAAGAACAUCAACUCAAACUCGAACAAGAAGCUGCUGAAAAACUGAAAAAGGAGAAGGAACGCCAACAAUUAAUCAUUCUUCAACGAUUAAUUAAGGAUGGUAAUGUGAAAGUCAUUUCCGAUGAGCUCAAACGAAAUAAUCCACUCCUUCGUUCCAUUAAUUUGCAAAAUAAGAACAUUUCAAACGAUGAUGUCUAUGAAUUGGCAGAUGCUCUCGUGGAGAAUACUUGUCUCACAGAGUUGGAUCUCUCUUUCAAUACACGAGUGGACGAUGAAUGUAUGGAUGCUUUGGUGAGAAUUGUCAAGAAUAAUCAUACUUUGAGGAAGUUGUAUCUGGAAGAUACAUUCAUUCAGAACAAUCAGCCUUUGAUUGAUGCUGUGGCUGGUAAUUUCAAAUUGGUCGAUAUGGUGCUCUCGGAAUUUGCCACCGAUGAUCAAUUGGAUCAGUUGGACUUGUACUUGGAUAGAAACGAAGCAUUGUAA